CACUCCUCUUUCUCUCACUCGCCCUCGCGAUCUCCCGCAUUCCGAACGUAGGAACUCUCCUUCAGUCUCCGUGGCGGGCUGAAAAGUUGCUUUUAUGUGGUGUGUGACAAGUGGGCGUCUUGGUGCAGGAGAGGUUGUGGCGGGAGGCGUGAGGGACGAGUGCUGUGUUCUUGGCCUUAGUGAAUGAGUGACACGUGCAAGUGGGUCACUGACCUCUGAAAAGCAUCGUUAAAUAUAGCAAUUCGAUUGUGCGUUGUAAAUAUGUUGGUGUGUCGAUAAUGCUUGCGUGUGCUGGUGAAUAACUGCUGAUCGUGUCUUACUGGCAUCGCGGUGUUAUUGCCACGGGAGCCCGCCAAACUUGAGAUGUCAUUAUGGAGGACGGUCUGUUAAGUCUAAAGUGGAAUAACCACAAAACGACCUUCUUCGACAUCCUCAGGGUUCUAAGAGAGAAGGCCAACUACACAGAUGCCACCAUCGCGGUGGAGGGGAAGUUUUACCCCGUGCACAAACUUGUUAUGAGCACAUGCAGUGAAUACUUUAGUGAAAUAUUUGAACGGACACCAUGCAAAUCGCCAGUGAUAGUGCUCAAAGAUGUGCGCAGUCAGGACAUGGACGCACUGUUGGACUACAUGUACUUGGGAGAGGUGAAUGUGAACCAGAACGACUUAGCCUCGCUACUCAAGACCGCCGAGUGCCUCAGGAUCAAGGGGCUGGCUGUGCCGGACGAGGACCCCACCAAGACCAAGAAACAGCUCCUCCCAGACGACAGAAGAGAAAGUCCGCCUCCAAAGAGAAGACGCCACGAAGACCCCACGUCCACCUCCCAGACCCUCAGGCCGACGUCACCCCCGGCCUCCAGCCCCUCCAAAAACUCGUCCACGUCGGGGACGGCUGGAGACCGGGCGGCGGCGCAACGCACAUCCUCCUUACCGGGCACACAGAGUCAAGACUCCUCCCACGACUCCAUUGACCCGCCGCCCAUGGUUAAGGUGGAGAUGGAGGAGGCGGAGGACCUGGAAGAUGGCUACAGGCGGGACAACAGCUAUGAGGGUGGGUCUAUCAAUGAGGGGGAUGGCGGGGACUACGGCUCGGAGGUCUCCAAAUCCGAGCAUGAUCCCGAGAACUAUGGUGGCGGGUCAUACGCGGGUCCCUCCUUACAACAAGGGGGGGAUCUCCCAUGGGAAGAGGGAGACUCCAGCAGCUUCCCUCCUGAAGGCUUCUCAGGAGACCAUCCAGGCGGCCAGCAACCUCAAGGGGAUGAUGAUGAUGAUGAUGGUGAUGGCCCUUUGACUGUGGCUGCCCCUCACAGCAGCCCCAAUGGACCUCCUCUCCUUACCCCCAUUUCACAGGCUCGCCAGUGUCAGCUGUGUUUGGUUACCCUCGCUAAUGCUAAUCUGCUGCGGCGCCAUGUAGAGGAUCAUCACUUCCACAUCCGCAAGUAUGACUGUGCUCACUGUGGGAAGAAGUUUAAACGGAAGGAGCACAAGGAGAGGCACGAGCGGAUCCACACAGGGGAAAAACCAUUUGCUUGUUACAUUUGCAAUGCCAGGUUCACUCAAAAGGAGCAUUUGAAGGGCCACAUAGAGAAUGUUCACCACAAACAUGGAGAGAAGGGUCUGGAGGGGAUGGGGGACUUGGAAGACAGGGAAGACAAGGAUGAGGAAGACAUGGACCUUCCCCCACCAUCCUCAUCACCUCCACCUCCCAACUCCACUUCAGCCUCCUCUCCAUCUCUUGCUCCUGUCUCUUCCCUCAUCUCCCUGGCCUCCACUGCCUCUCCUCUGGCUUCCAUCCUGCCCCCAUCUACCCUCCUGGCCAACACAGCAGCUGCCACCUCCCUCACCUCUUCCUCCUCCUCAUCCCCUGCUCUCAUCCCUCCCAGUGAUCUCAACAUGAACCAGUUUACUGCUCUGUAUGCCCCAGUCACCAGGAAAACAGUGAAUUCUCCCAACAAGCACAUGCAGACUAUAACCAUUAAUUUCAACUGAUCCAUUCCAUGUACAGGUACUUGUGGGCAAUCCUUGCUGAAAGAUUGUGUAAUGUUCCUAGAAAGGUAAUUGCAAGGUGAGUACAGGUGAAUGAUGCUUUACGAACAUUAAUUUUACAAUUUUGAUGGAAGUUAUGAAUCAAACAAUUUUCUCCUUUGUUUAGACUUCAAAAUGCAGAAUUCACAUUACUUAACAAAUCAAAAUUAUACACAAAAAAAGGGGAAAAAACAAAACAAGAGGCUUCACAUUAAAUUAAUGGAAGUAAGAAUUUACAAUUGAUCUCAAUUUACAUAUUUCCAAUAUAUAGGUAUAUUUAAGGAAAGUAGUAAAUCAUGAUUCACUUGUAACUGUAUGAUAGAUAAGUAAUAUAAUUCAAUGGCGAUGUGUUUCAGGACUCCGUGAUCAUCGAGAUGUAGUGUGAAAAAUAAUUUUUCCACCUAAGCAAAUAAUAUUUUUAUAAGAAAAUCAGAUAAUCCUUUAAUAAGUAUUGAAAGAAAUCGUUGUACAAAAACUCCCUCUGCUUAGAGUCUCCAUGGUUUCCCUCCUCCCUCCCUCCCUCUGAGCCUCUCACUCUCACUAUUUCACUUAAUCAUUACUGAUACAAGUCUAAAUUUUUGUCAUUCCCUUUGGAUUUUAACAUAAAUAUAAAAUAAAGUUUCCAUUUUACAUCUUUGCACUGUCACUUACUUUGUCAGCUGCCAACAACAAUAAUGACAGAAAAUAUGUGAUUUUACAGCCUCAGUCAAUUUCCAUAACCAAAGUAAGAAAGGAUAAUUUGUCUGAUUAACAUGGCAAAUCACUAUGGUAUUGUGUCCAGAGUUUACUGAUUUUGUUAUGCAUUUUUGAAACUGUAUUGAAAAAUAUGAGAGAUUGGGAGACUCAUAGAAUAGGGAUACAGUUUAUUUAUAGAAAAAAGUAGGAACAGUGGACCACAUGCUUUUCCUGCAGAUAUGAAUAUACAUUCCAAUCUUGACUGUGAUAAAAAUGAGAUGUGAAUGCUAUGGUAAUGUAAAAUAAGGAAGCUUAUGUGGGAUGCAUAUUUUUAUAUCAUUGAAGACAUUUCACUGAAACCAAUAAAAUAAGAACCAUUGUAAAAACAUAAAAAGAGGAUUAUAUGGUGGGAAAAUCGUUUUCAGACUAAACAUCAUCGUAACAAAGGUCACAGCGAGCGUGGCUGUCAAGUGAGGGUUGCCUGUGUUUCAUAACAUUUUGUCCCUUGUAUUGCUCUGUUUGUGUGGUCUUGUUUUAUGUUAAUCAUCCAGAAUUCACUGCCAUAAUAAACAGUUGUCAUUGGCAUGGUUUAGCCAUUGCUGUCAUCUGUUAGGAGUAGCUUGUCAUAAUCUUCAUUGAACUGUCUGCAAGAGGUAGUAAGGUGCAUCAUCAAAUUGUAUGGAAAUAGAAUUAUACUGUACUGUGGCAUAUAGAGCUCCUUCGUUCCUUAGUUUGCUACUGAGUUACCAUGAAAUCACCAAAAAAUUAGCUUCCUCUGUAGGUGAUGUAGUUAGCAUAAUACUUUAGAGGCGAGACAGAGCUUAGACCCACUAGGAUUCUCUCACAGUGUUAAUUGUGUCGUGGAGGCCAGUGGGUGAUGGCUUCUUCAUCCUGCGUCAAAAUGUCUCAUCCUCGGCUCUGAUGAACCUGAAGCCUUUAUUUGUCUUACUAAAAAGUAGUGUUAAGUUGUUAGUUAAGUAUAGAGACAUGUACAUUAAGAAGGGUACCUGGACAAAAGACACUGCUGUGCUGGCUAGGUUCUCAGAGGUGUGCUCACUCCCUGGCAGGAUAGACAGCACAAGGGAGUGAGUUCUCUGAUGAGCCAUCUGUGAUACCUGUUGUGUUUCAUUAUUAACUAAACAAAAGCUUGUUUUUCCUUGCUGUUUGGUGUUGACUGAAAUGACAAUUGAAGUUGUGGUUUAAAGUAUUGUUAAAUAAUGGGAUGUAUGUUAUUUCAGCGUUGAUUUUGAAAUGUUUAUAUUUGGUCUUGUGGUCAGGACCCACCUGGAGGCGUUUAAACCAGCAGUUGAGACAGACAAGCAACACAAACAGCCAUGUCAUUAAAAGUAUAGGUAAUGUUAGUUGCCAAUAGUAUAUAUAAUUGCUAAUGUAUAUCCCUUGACUUGGCUUCUUGUCAAGGCUUUGUUCACAGUUUCGUGGUGCCUUCUGCUUCCAGCUUUCUUGGGCAUUUAUUGUAACAUUGCUCACAUGUCUCACAUUCUAUAGUGCAUUUUAGUUUUAUGUUAAUUUUUCCUUAUUACCUAAAGUCCUCAAUGUAUGAUGCCAAUAUGUUCCCAGACAAGCCUCAGAUGAUAGUGCUAAAAAUAACCUUGACACAGGAAGGAUGUUCCUCAGAGAUGAUUUUUCUUUCAGAUUUACUUUGAACUCUAAUCUUGUUAGGCAUCAAUGUCUAUAUAUUGUGUGUUGCAACAGCUGUGCCCUUCUAUCCAAGUGAUAUGUCAAAGAAGUCUGCCUUGAGCAUGCUGAAAUUAUCAUUACGUUCAAUAACGAUAUUUUUGAAGUCUACCAUCAUGAUUAGAAAGGAUUUAAAUCAGCCAUCUCUUCUUCAUAGUUAUUAUUGCCAGAAUGAAGCUACAUGCCAUAAUGAAUUCAUAGUUGAGGGGUAAUGUCUUGAAGGAACUUGACUGAAGAAAACAAGCAUUUGUAUUGAUUUUUGAAGACAAAGGUAGACUGUAAUGAUGUACUGACAGGCUUCUUAUUUCGUGAGAACUUUGAGCCUUGCAGAACACUUUUGCUAUAUUCCCUAUAUAAAUGAGAAUAUAAUUUGAAAAAGCUUAAGAGCUGCUGCAUUUGUUAUUACAAGAAUGUAUAUCAGGGAUAUUAAGGAGUAAAGUGUGGAUACAAAUUCCACUGCUUGUCACAUUCACAUAGCAGAUAUUUUCUUAGACUCAUGAUAUAAUUUUCAAAGCAAUGUGCUGCAAAGGAUGACAAACAUGCUUUCUUGUUUGCCAGCAGCGUUAGUAUGGGACAGCACUUCAAGAGGACUUUUGGUAUUGAACCGCUCAACAUUUUUUCACUGGUGCUUAAUUUUCUUCCUCAGUGUAUUGUAUUCAAGUCGUGACAACAUGAUCUCAUAUAGUUUUGGGCGGAAAGUGUCCCACACUGCUGGGUCCUGCAUUGCACUUCACAGUGUUGCCAGAUAGAGAGUUUGUUUAGCCGAAGUCACACCAAGAUGGUUGUGACUUGCUGUUUCACAAAUGACUGUGAAGGGAAUCAAAUAUUUCUCAGCAUUUAGAAAUAUCAGUUCUACAAGUUUCUGAAAGAAGUUUCACUCAGAGACCUGAAGUAUAUGUGUACAUUCUUUUUUAUAUUUAUUGAUGUAAUUUCCAAAGGAUGUCUGCAAAGUCAGGUCCAUAUUAAUGCUUAGUAAAGUAACAGGCUGAGGGUGGCCAGUUUUUGGAAGCUGUAGAUAAAUAGGAUGAGUCUUCAGCCAGUGGAGUAGGUUGUAGCCAUAUACUAUUGUAAGCUGUGUGUACCAUUAGUAAAGUGUCCUCCAUGAGCUGGGCUCCAGUAACAGCAGCACAGGGGACAGAUUUUGGUGUGAGAGUGUGUGAUGCUGUCAGCUUCACUGAAACUGAUGGUCAAUCUUGCAAGUUUCAUAAGUUUAACAUUUAUCAUUUAUAUUAUUACCAUUAUACUACAUGAACACUGAACUACAGCAUUGCCUAUGAAAAGACUUUUGUGCUGGAAUAUUUUUAUGUUACAACUUUUGUUGUUGAAAAAGCUGAGCAUCUUUGUGGCUAAGGAAGAUCUGAGCCAAGCUAAUGACUUUCAAGAAGUAAAAUCAUCAAAAUUUUACAUAUUUUUGAAUUUCAUAUCUAUUACUCAUAAUGGAGUAUUUCAUAGGCAUUUACUCCAUAAAUUUGAGCCCUUAAUCAUUCUUUUCCAAGUAAAAUUUAAGUUUCACCGAUCCUCAUUGAUAAUGAAGUACAUAUUUUAAUACUUGUAUUCCUGAUGACAUUAUGUCCAUGUAUAUUUGUGGGAUUGAUAAAGUAAAAGACUGACUUCAGUAAUAGAGUAAGGAUGACACAUUACCAAUCUUUAAGUAUUAAUGAUAUUGAUCAGAAGAUGUGUAAUAAGCUGGUUUUGUCAGGGAAGUGAACAGAAAUUAUUAUCCCAUAUAGACAAAUUGUUGAAUUUCAUAGCCUUAUUUAUCCCCCUGACGAUGAGGAUCUGCUGUCUGAAUAUACAAGAUAGUUUUGUGGGUCCAACGGCUGAUAGGAAUUGCACAAUAUUUUUGGUAGAUCCAUAUCUUUACAUCUCAAGGCAUUUGCAGCCUACCAUAUGUACAGGAUCCUCAGAGCUAUAUGGACAGUAUGGUGACAUGGUUUUAUGCUUCAUUUGGAUGUUAUGCAUGACUGCCAUCCCACCCUUUUGGUGAAGUGUCAAUAUUUUGUGCUAUGGUGCAAGUGACAGGACAGGAGUUAGGGCUACUUGUACUGUACUCAUGGAUGUAGGUGCUUGCGUAAAUGAUCAUGUAAUAGCUGGUGUUAAAAUUGCUGGAAAAGGAUUUGGUACUGAGUUAUGAAAUCUACAGUUAACAAAUAAUUAACAUAUUAUUAAAUUGUAGAGGCAAUUCAUGGAUGGAAGAGGGAGAUAAAAUUUUCAUCUAGUUCCUGUCACACACUUAGUUCAUGAUUUGAUGGUAUGCAAGGGUAUUUAUUGUUGCCCAGCAAUCAAACAGCAGCUGUUGUUAUGUAACCUGAACAUAAAUUGUGGAAAGAUUAAUGUCAAGGUUACAAUACGCUUUAUUUUUAGUUCCACAGUUUUUUUGAAUCCUCUGUUAUUCUCUUGUAGAUUUCUGUCUUUCUUUAGCUUCUAGGAAUCUUUGUUUAUUGCAUCUCAUGUUAAAUUUAUGCAACAGCUGAAAAAAAUAGCUAUUUACUAAUACUUUGAAGUGAAACAGUGAAUACUGUUUGAAAGAAUCUAAGAAAACCUUGUGGCUGUUACUGACGUGGUGAAUCCCUGUUGUUCUUACUGCAGUGUUCCUUGAGAGAGAAGACCAGACUCAUUCACAAGGGAAGACUGAUUGGCCUGUUGGUCUUUAUAGACAACUUAGUUUUUAAGGUGCAUUAGGAUCUUAAUUUACACAUUAAAAAUAUGUUAAUUUAUAGUAAAUCAUAUAGUUGAUGAAAAUUAUAUGUACUGUGUUAAUUUACAAAUAAUUCUAUAGACGAACCCUUAUUAAUUGAUAUGUUUUACUUUUGAAUUGCUUGUUUGAAUAACAUAAAAUGUAGUUAUGAGCAUUCACAUGGAAUGCUUCAGUUAUGUAAAUUAAGAAUCUACUGUACAAUGAUUUUCCUCAUGACUUCAUUCUUGUGUUUAGGUUUUUAUUUUCUUUUUAACCUAAACACAUCAACAGUUGCCAAUAAUAUUUAAUUGCUAGUGUUUGUGUGUGUGUGUGUGUGUGUGUGUGUGUGUGUGUGUGUGUGUGUGUGUGUGUGUGUGUGUGUGUGUGUGUGCGUGCGUGCGUGCGUGCGUGCGUGAGUGAAUGUGUGUGUGUGACAAAAAAGAAAUUACAGGGAAUGUUUUGUUGCUUCGAUGUUUAUAUUGAGUUUUCUUGUUAUUUGUUUUUGUGUUAAUCCACAAUAUGGUGCAAAAAUAGGAAAAAGCAGAAUUGCCAUUAAACUGCUUUGAAGAAAAAAAAAUAAAUGUCUGCAAGAUCAAAAGUAUCAUCAGAAUAUUGUGGUAUAUUGUAACUCAUUACUUUCUUCAUUUUUAACCACAAAGCAGAGAUUCCAUUGACAUAUACAUAAUAUAGAAUUGCUUAUUGGUAAUGCAUGAAGUAGGUGACCUGUGCCUUACCAUACUCAUCUGCUACAAGACAAAGCAGAGUGAGCCAUAGAGAUGUAUUUUUCCAUUAAUUGAAGCAGUAUUAAGAUGUUACUAGUAUGCAAGACAUGCUUAUUUGUUAAUUAGGAAGUUAGUAAGUCUUGGUGUUGUAGCUUGCACUUCUCAAUACAAGAUGAGGUGACACAGACGCACAAUACAUUGAAUUUUAAGAGAUAGUAAUUCUACUGUAUUUUCCUUCUUUAAAGUUAGGUUUUGAAACACUCGUCCAUAUCACAACGCUUUUGUAUUUUUUUUUAAUAUUUCUAAUAUGGUUGGUCUCAAGAUGUUUUUGAUAGUUUUGCAAGAAUAUUAUGUUCUAUUCUAGAUAGUUUUGCAAGAAUAUUGAAUCUUGUUAUUUAGAUUGCAAAGAAAAUUGAUAGGAUAAAUUUAUUAGAAAAUUCUACUGCAUGUUUUCCAUCAUUAGUUGUGUAAUUUUACAAUUUCUUUGAUUUAAUUUUUUUAUUUGUUUAGAAAUUGAGUAGAAAACUCGUGUGGAUAAAAAGUAUGAACUAUGAUUGCAAACACUACACACUAACUAGGUUUCCAUUGGUGCCAGUUUACUAAGCUACCCAUCGAAUGCCAGUGUGAGGCUGUUUUGUGCCAGUAUGAGCUUCCACUAGUGCCAGAGUGAAGUCUUGUAAUGCCACAUGAGGCUUCACAAAUGCCAGAUUCUCAGCAAUCUUACAUAUUAUUUAGCCAAGUGGUGGUGUUGCCUGAAAUCCAUCACUGCAUGUAAAUUUACGAGCUCUUUUACACAUUUAUGUAAAAAAAAAUCAUAAUUUACUAGUCGGAUUUUGUUCCUUAUUUGUACUACACCAGCGUUUGUGCUUCCAUUCCCGUUAACAGGUUGUGAGAAGAGAAGCAAGUGUUGUAGGUUUAUGUUAUUAUGUGUUAUUCAUCCUAGGAUUCUCAAAACCAUCAUUCCAGUUACUAAACAUUCCAUUAGGAUUAAAGUUCUUUUCUAAGGAAUUGUGAUGUUUAUAUAAAAAGAAUGAUUAGUUGUUUUUUACCUCUGUUUUUUUAGCUUUAAAGUCUUACAUAUAUGUACUACUUCUUUGCUUGGUGUUGGGUUCUAAAAGCUUAUUAAAUGCUUAAAGUUCUU